AAACCAAUAGCUUAGCUCUUUUAAUUUUAAAAUCACUUGCCCUCGAAAAAAAGCAUGAUGAAGAAAUGUACUACACAUUUAUUAAGAGAUUUACGGUCGUUGAUGCGUCAAUUGCCCAACAAUGGAGGUUCAAUAAAUGCCUACAUUAUUCCAUCGGAUGACAGUCAUCAAAGUGAAUACAUCAGCCCAACGGAUGAGAGACGUUCGUUCAUCAGCGGUUUUACUGGUUCAGCGGGUACGGCCAUUGUUACGGACAAAGAAGCAUUACUAUGGACAGACGGUCGAUAUCAUCAACAAGCUGAACAACAAUUGGAUGAAAAUUGGACGCUGAUGAAGGAUGGAUUGCCAACAACGCCAACCAUGAGCAGUUGGCUGGUAAACCACUUAUCGGCCGGUGAGCGUGUCGGUGUCGAUGGAAAUUUAUUAUCAUUUCAAACUUGGAACCCACUUAACACUGCACUCAGUUCAAACGACAUUCAACUUAGUUCCAUCAAUGACAAUCUCAUCGAUCUUAUUUGGAAAGAUCAACCGGCUAGAAAAUUCAAUCCAAUUAUUAACUUGGAUCUGGAAAUUACCGGGAAAAAAAUUGCCGAUGCUUUGGAAUUGAUUCGAAUGCAAAUGCGUGAAAAACAUUCAGAAGUUUUUGUUGUGACUGCUUUAGAUGAAGUUGCUUGGUUGAUGAAUUUACGUGGAUCAGACAUUGAAUACAAUCCCGUCUUCUACAGUUAUGUUUUAUUAACACCGAAUGAAGUCUAUUUGUUUGUGGAAAAAAAUAGUUUACCAACUGGAUUUGAAGAGCAUUUCCGUAAAAAUAACGUUUCGGUCAUCAUUGAGGAUUAUGAAAAUGUAGAAAAAGUGCUCAAAGAAUUGAUUAACAAGUCAACCGGAAAAGUAUGGAUCAGUCCAAGUUCUAGCUAUGCGUUGAGCGCAUUAGUGCCAGAACGGAAACUUCAUCAAGAAAUAUCGCCAGUGUGUGUUAUGAAAUCGAUAAAAAAUGCCACUGAAGCAAAAGGCAUGGUUGACUGCCAUGUUCGUGAUGGAGUCGCACUUUGCAAGUACUUUGCAUGGCUGGAAGGUGCACUCAAUCGUGGAGAGAAAGUUGAUGAAAUGUCCGGUGCAACCAAAUUGCAAGAAUUUAGAUCAAAACUGCCUAAGUUUGUCGGACUUAGUUUUCCAACAAUCAAUGGAUCUGGUCCAAACGGUGCUAUUAUUCAUUAUAAUCCAGCACCAGAAACAAAUCUACCAAUCACUCUGAAUGAUAUGUACUUAUGUGAUUCCGGUGCACAAUUUCUCGAUGGAACCACAGAUGUAACCAGAACUUGGCACUUCGGCCAACCAUCUCCAUACCAAAUCGAUUGUUUUACGCGUGUUUUAAAAGGUCAAAUUUCGAUGGGAACAGCUGUAUUUCCGAUUAAAGUGAAGGGAAUGUUUCUGGAUAUACUCGCACGCAAAUCAUUAUGGGAUGUUGGUCUUGAUUAUCAGCAUGGUACUGGUCAUGGAAUUGGACACUUUUUAAAUGUACACGAGGGACCAAUGGGAAUUGGCAUGUAUCGACCCGCAGUUGAAGAUCCUGGCUUACAAGAAAACAUGUUUGUCUCAAACGAACCCGGUUACUAUGAAAAGGGACAAUUUGGCAUUCGGAUCGAAGAUAUUGUGCAAAUUGUGCCGGCUAAAGUUCAAAAUGACUUUAAUGGACGUGGUGCACUCACUUUUAAAACCGUUACGAUGUGUCCCAUCCAAACUAAACUGAUCAACAAAAGUCUACUGAAUGAAAAAGAACGAACCCAUUUAAACAACUAUCAUGCAACGGUUAGAGAUACGCUCAAACCAUUGUUGGAACAAGACGGAGAUUCUUUCACCCUUAAGUGGUUGGAAAAGGAAACAGAAGCCAUUUAAUUUUUUUGAAAAACAAAAAACAUAUUUUUAUAUGAAAUAAUAAAUAGUAAAUAGUAUUAUUUUUCAAAGAAAAAUUAAGUUCAAUAAAAACAAGUUAACAGAAAUCUGGUAACAUUAUUCCCACAUUCAAAAUAUUGCAGAAA